AAAAAAAACAUAGAAAACAAAAGUGUGGUGUUUUGGUAUCCAGAGAUGAUUGAAAAAGAGUAAAACGAGUGAAAUUAUAAUUAAUAUGGUUAGAACAACAGCAGGAUCCUUUAGAAAUACACAAUGGGAUCCCAUACUACUGAUAUCACAGAUUGUUGCAAUGCAAACUCUUCUCUACACGAGCUUGGGCAUGAUAAUGUUCUUCAUGGACUUGAUUGCUGGUGCAAAUCACACGCUGGAUCAUAUUUUUGAGUAUCAUGAAAUUCACGUCUUUGAUUUGGGAGGACGACUUGUGAUCUGUGCAUUCGUCCUCAAUUCUUUCGGUGGUGCUUUGGCUCUGUGGUUCAUCGUUCGCCGGACUAAAUUGUGUCUCGACUUCACAUGCACUUUCCACCUGAUACAUUUGGUCAUCUGUUGGUGGUACAACUCUGCUUUCCCUACGUCCUUCUCCUGGUGGCUUUUGAAUACCGUCUGUGGAGUCCUGAUGUGCAUCUGUGGUGAAUUCAUGUGUCUCAAGACGGAAAUGCGAGAAAUCCCAGUUGGCUAUUCGGCACUCAACCAACGAGCCGAUCUCUAAAUCUUCCUUAUCACACAGUCAUUAAAAUUAAAUUAUUCUAUUUUUAUUUAAAUUCCACAUCCCUUCACAAAUACUGUUUUGUUUAUUUUUAUAUCAUCUUUUUACAGAGAAAUUACAAGCAUUUUUUAGCAAGAGGAA